AUGACGUUCUUGGUUACUAACAAUAAAAGUGAUGAUCGAGUGAUAUUCUCCCAAGAAGAGCUAAGCAGAUAUAAUGGAAUUAUACAUGAAAGGCUAUAUUUAGCCGUACUAGGUCAUGUGUUUGAUGUGACGGAUGGUGACAAACAUUAUAAACCAGGCUCUAGUUAUAAUUAUUUCAUUGGAAAAGAUGGGUCAAGGGCUCUUGUUACAGGAAACUUUAAAGAUGAGAGUCAUUUAAAGGACCAUGUUAUAGAUUUACCAUGCAAUGACUUAUUGACAUUGGUAAAUUGGCAGCAAACCUAUAGAAAAAAAUAUAAAUUUUUAGGAUUAUUAGAAGGAAGAUUUUAUGAUACCCAGGGUGAAGAAACUAAAUACUUAAAGAAAGUUAAAUCGAAAUUAAAAGAUUGUAGAGAAGAUGAAAUAAAUGCUGAGAAAGAAAAUCAAAAGUAUCCUCCUUGCAACGCCAUGUGGAAUGAGGAUGAAACUUCUCGUGUUUGGUGUACAAAAUCAAGUGGCGGUAUUACUAGAGACUGGGUUGGUGUGCCAAGGCUACUGUUUACUCCUGGGGAAGAGUACCCUCGUUGUGUGUGUGUCAAUCUUGGUAAUGAAAAUAGUAGUACAAAUCUUCUAAAGUUAUAUGAUAACUGCCCUCAAAGUUCAACAUCUUGUCCUCCAAUUGAAAAUCAAACA